AUACUUAAAUUUCUUUCUUUCAUUUGAAAUUGGAACAGUGCGUCUCAACAUAUUUAUCAUUUUGUCACAUCGUGUCACAUUUGUCACGUAUGGUGUUCUCCAUCUAAAAUGUAAGGAGCUUUCUUGCUGAUAAAAAUAUGCUGUUAUGUUUGGUUCUUUAGAAAAGUAUGGAGUAAGGUUGGGAUUAGGGUCAGAGGAGUGAAUAAAAAAAGUAUAGAACAAUUUUAUUUGACCUUCUUAUUUAGUAUGAUUUUGUAUUUCUGUGUAUUUCUUUUUAACCAAGGCGUCUGUUUGAUCAUAUGCAAUGAAGAUAAGCGAGGGGAAAGAGUGGGACGUGGUACUUUUUAUUCUUAAUGCUAAUCAGUAGCAUUCAAUUAUUGUACCUAUCAAUAUUUUCUGAUAAAAAUAAUGCUUUCCAUGAGAUUUUGGACGUUCUCUAGAAAACGGAACUUUUUUGCCAGUAAUUUAAAAGAUAUAUUCUGUUGCUCAAUUUUUAUUAGGUUAGGUUAUUUGAUAUUUUCUUUAGUUAUACACAGUCAAAGUCCGUAAAAGAGCUUAGUAUUACCGUUCAGCAUGAUUUAAAUGUUUUCGUUUUCAACAAAACGAAAUCCAAAGUUAGGAUAGUUGUUUAUUGUUUUUCUAUUAGAAAUGCCAACGGUAGAUUGGUUUGAUAUUCGUUGCAACCUGUUUUCUGCACUUUAUGAAUGUGCAAUUGACUUAAAUUGUGAACACAUUUCAAAAGAGCAUGUAGUUAAUUGCUGUUAACGCGGGUUUCAAGACCUUAUCGCGGGUGUCGUUCUUUAAGUGUGACCUUGAUUGCUCGGUCCCAUUGUUCAAGGUGAUAGUACAUGUUUGCCUACUUAGUUUCGCGCUUAUCGCAGGGCAGCAACAUGCAGUUUUUGCAUAGUUUUUGUAAACAUAACAGCAUUGCUUUAUGCAAGAUUUCCGAGCCAAGGAUCUAAACUUCUGUUGUGUAAAAUCUGUAAUUAUUGAAGGGAAAUUCGAUUUUUUUAUCUUAUGUUAGUGAAGUUUGCUUGUCUGUGAAUUGUGCCAGGAAGCGGCGUGUCUAAAUGCCGUGAGAUUGUCCAGCCUUGAAAAACAUGUUGCAGCUCUUGUGUCUCAUUUAUCCUUGCAAUGAUCUCAAUUAUAACAGCAAAACACUGCGCCUCAAUCUAAAGUUUGGUGGAUUUUCUACUAUCUGUUUAUGUAUAUUUAUAUUGCAAAAUCCAAUUACUACAUCAGUCCGUUGAUUUUUAUUACAGUGUUGGUAGUUUAUAAUUUAUAUCAGGAUGUUUUUCUGGCACUUAUUAUUUUAGGAUUUGCCUCAACUUAAUCACAGAAGCGUCGUAUCUCGGGGAUGUCGAUAGAAGUACCACAUCCCGCUUCGAGAUUCCCUUUCCUAAAAAUUACUAUUCGUGCAAAACCUAAAAUAAUUUGACAACCAUCGUGUUUUGACUGUUUUUAAUUUUUUCGGCUCCCGCAUACAUAACUACAACUUUAUUCUCUUUGUUAGUGCUUACAUAGUCUGACAUGUCGAUAUUUACCUGUAUUAGUCACGACUGUCUAAUUUACAGAUAAGAUCAAGACACUUUUCUUGUUACAAGGAAAUCAUUUGGGUAUCUAUUUGCAAUUUUUACAGUGCCAAAGUUGGCAGUGAAGACCAAAUCAUAGGCAAUUAUUACACCUUUCAGCAUCGAAAGUUUAUUAUUAUUUCCGAGCUGUCUCAUGGGUGGUGUGGAAAAGUUUUAAUAUCUUCUAUAAAUGGGGGGGGGGGGGUAUUAUGAAGAAUCACCUAAAUGCUCUUCGUGUAAAUUUCCGGUGUUUGCCAGCUGUCAGUCAUGAUGUUAAGUUCAUUUUUUUAUAAGAACAUCAGCAGAGAAAAAUAUCCGUUCUAAAUGGCUGGAAAGAGUGGUACUAAAAACGGAGGCACUUCCUCCAAAGGACCAAUUUGUGUAAUAUAUUUUUAUUUUUGAAAAGGGUAUUAUAGGGAUAUUUUAUAUAGAUGUUGUAGAUCAAGUUUACAAGCUUUAUGUUAGGCCUCACCUAGACUAUGGAGACAUAAUAUACCACAAGUUUGACCCAGAUAUGAGAAGCACUGUCACAAAAAACAUUGAGCAAGCUCAGUAUACGGCGGCUCUGGCUGUCACAGGUGCCUGGAAAGAGACCAGCAGGCAAAAAAUGUAUGAGGAACUUGGAUGGGAGUCUAUGAAUGACAGAAGAUGUUAUCGAAGAUUAUACCAUUUUUCCAGUUAAGACAAUCAAAAACACCAGAAUAUCUGUUUAACAAAAUUCCUCCUGAGCGACAGAUACCUUACAUGAUUCGAAACCCACGAUAUUAUGACCCAAAUUUUUGUAGGACAUAUCGUUUUUCUAAUAGCUAUUUUAUAAAUACAAUUUAUGAAUUUAAUCUUCUCGAUAGCGAAAUAAGAAAUUCAAAAUCAAUUUCAGAAUUUAAACGCAAAUUAUUGUCUGUAAUAAGACCCACAAAAAACCAGUCUUUGUAAAUUAUACAGUAACGGUAACAAGAUACUUAACCCAACUUCGAAUACGAUUCAGUCCUUUAAACGAACACCGUUUUAGACACAACUUUGAUUGCCUGAGCCCCUUGUGUGUUUGUGGCGUAGGUGAUGAAGACAAGGAGCACUUUUUCCUGCACUGCCAUUUGUUCCAAGCAAUGCGGAACGAGCUCUUUGAUCGGCUUUCUGAAGUCCCUGGACUCAAAAUUUCAAACCUCUCUGCAACUGAAAUUUGUGAAUUAAUACUUUAUGGAAGUUCCGAAUUAAAUGUACUUGCCAAUAGACUUCUUAUGGAGGCCAUACCUCAAUUCAUCAAAAACACUAGGAGAUUCUUUUAAUUGAAAAACACAAUAGCAGCAACUCCUUUUCUUAUUUUUUUUCUUUUCUUGAUCUACCUCUGAAACAUGUAAAUUAUGUAAAAAUUGUGUAUGUAAAUUUUUCUAGAGGUACCUUACUUUUCCUGAUUUAGUUUCUUUACUUCUCUCCCUUUAUUGUGUUUAUAUUUAGAUGUAAUUGAAAUUGUAAAUGUCACUCAUAAUGGAGACUAGAUGACCUUGCGUCCUUCACUAUUGUGAGUGACAUGUAUUUGAGUAGCUUUGUUGUAGUUUAAAAUUUUAAAUUAUAAAAAAGAAAAAAAAAUAGGGAUAUGUUGAGUCUUCAGGUAAAACCUAAUUUUUUACCUUUGGGCAAAUCUGUCAUCCCUCCUCGCUAAUGAAGCUGUCAUUUGCUACAUUAAGAUUGCGCCAAAUCUGUGCCCAUCAUUAAAUUUAGCUAACGCAAAAAGUUGGCCUAAGGUUCUUUCUUUAAGAUCUAGCUAUUUAAUGUACCUUUGAUACACAUUAUCUAAAUUAUUAAUUUUGAAAAUUUUUAAAAGAUUGUCAAGCUUUUUUUCUUUAACUACAGAUACAAUUGUCCAACAGUGGCUUUAAAUGCAGUAUAUUUUGCCCGAACACAAAUGUCAAAAAUAUAUAAUGGCUUAAGUCGCAAACUUUGUAUGUCACGUUUUUAAAGUUAAAGUAGCACCAAAUAUUCAACAAUGUUACUUACAACUUAAGUGUUGGGCUUAUAAAAACAGAAAUAACUGCCAUUACACCAGAGCUUCAAAGGGGUGUAAGAAAACGUUGUGACUAAACGAAUGUGGGACUGAUUCAGGGUACGAAUGCUCACUUGAGUCAGGCGAGAAAAUCCAAUGGGAAUUGAAAACCAUUCCGAUUUGGUGAAAGUCGGGUGUUAUCUAGGGGUAUGAGGUACGGGGUUCAACUGUAAUUUUGGUAUCAAACGCUCUUUCUUCACCCGAAAUGUGGCUAAGGAAAAACAGAACUUCAACAGGCAGCUUCAAUAUUCUUAGUAUCAUUCAUUUGGUACAGGGGCUGUUUCAGGCUUUUGAAAUUUUUUAUAUAUUUCAGAAAACGGGCCUGACACACGGGAUCCAUUUGGUUAAAAAUAAAAAAAUAAAACUAAGUGGGAAAAACAGAAUUACGAGCUUGCUCUGAUCAUCAAACACAAGAGUUAAAAACUUCCAAAAGUUUUAAUUUGACGGUUAACAGCUGAAAACCAGAGGUUGAGUUAUUUGAAGUUUAAACAAGCAAUGAAUAUGACACAAAUUUUCUAUUAUCAUAAGGCAAAAAAAAUUUAAAUAUUUAGCAUCCAUAACAAGCGAAGAUGAAAAAAAGGCUGGUGAAAUUUAAGGAUGCUGGAAUGUGAUUCAUUAAGACAUAAAAACCUGAAAAAAGAUAGACACAACAGUUCCAACUAAGUAUACGAGCAAUAUAAGCCAUUAUUAUCUACAUUUAAUCGCCAACAUAUACCAACGAAUUUGGACAGAAGACAUUAAUGGACAUCUUUAACAGCCUUUCCUUUUUUUAAUAGCAAAUUGAAUGACCGGGCAGGUGUUCAAGGUUAAGGAGACUUACCAGGUGUUAUAACGAUGCUGCAAAACUGAAAUACGACCCCUCACAAUAAAAGAGAUUUUGCUAAAUUUCUUUGGGGUUUUAAUGAUGACAGCUAAGUGUCUUGUCACUCAUUUACUCUUUGCUGAAAAAACAACACAACGCCCUACCCCACCAGCCGUAAACUCAGCAUUGAAUACACGAAACAUUUUUAAGAAACCAAGGUCUGUGGCUGGCAGGCAGUUUCUUUAAUUGUCGGGCCAUUUUUCUAGCAAAGUUUCAUUUUUCUGUUUUCAUAAUUUCUGUUUUUAUAAGCCCAAUACUUAAGUUGUAAGUAACAUUGUUGAAUUUUUGGUGCUACUUUAACUUUAAAAACUUUACAUGCAAAGUUUGCGACUUAAGCCAUUAUAUAUUUUUGACAUUUGUGUUCGGGAAAAAUAUUCUGCAUUUAAAGCCACUGUUGGACAAUUGUAUCUGUAGUUAAAGAAAAAAAGCUUGACGAUUCCUUCCCAUCUUCAAUGUAUAUUUGUCUUUUUCACUACAGGUUGUGCCCUUUCCAGACAAACUUUCCAGGAGAUCCAAUCCAUUUUUUAAAAGAACAUCUUCAAGGAAACCAUAGGGGCAACCUACAUGAAUUUAAAAAGCUGAGAAACUUUUUUAAAUUGCUGUUUUAUUUUGCAAAUUCACUCAAAGUAGUUUUUAACAUUAAACGGCACUGUUAUCUGCAACAAUAUGUUUGACAUGCAGAUAUCUGAAUGUGUCUUCUGUUUACAUCUUAGGCCGACUUUUUUGCGUCGCCAUAUUUUAGCGAUUUUAGCCAAUUUGGUGUUUUUUCGGAUCGAUACGGAAAAUUUAAAUUUCGGAAUUUAUUCUGCACUUUAAGCCGCUGCUGUGCCCUGAGCACCAACAAAAUUUCCAGGAGAUCCAAUUUUAUCGUCCACCAUUAAACAACAUCUCAAGCUUUAGGAAUGCAAACGAUCAAUGUACUAUUAAAAACUGAAAGUUGUACUUUAAUUGUGACCUGAUGAAGAUUAAUGUUCUAAAAGUCGCAAUAAUAUUACAAUUUCAUGUACGAAGUUGUACUUUUUCCAUAUUAAUUUGUUUUUAUUACUUACUCGACGUACAAGACGCCGAACUACAUUAAUCCUCGAUCGUGUUGUGAACCUAUGUUAUUCAUAACAAUGAUGUAUAGAUCUCUUAAUCGCUUGGAAACUUUGUUCGGCUGCGAUGAUCCUGGUCCGGGAGAAGUGCCUUUGUACACAAGCUCACUUUUUAAUUAAAAACAUGUUCACGCUUUUUGCAAGAAGACAUCUUCGUUAGCAAGACAACCGCCUCGACAUCAUGGCGUCCUGUAUAUUUCAAAUCGUUGCUAGUCGAAACUAAAAAUAAUACUUUACUUUGUCCUCACAUUAUACAAACAUGAGAAACAACAAAAAAGAUGAUUAAAUUGCCAAGAAUUAAAACAGUAUAUCCCAGGAAAAGUUUAUCUUCAUGGAAGCAAUAUUUUUAAUAUUUUUCCGCUGGAAGCUUGAAGCAGGAAUAAAUUAAAACUUUUAGAAGCUUUAAAAAAGUAUUACAAGUAUUUUUCUUCUUUUGGUUAAGCUCCUUUAAUUGUAUAGAUAUCUCAUUUUUAUAUUUUUAUGUUCCUCUCAGGUUUUAAUGGCGUUUUAAAUGAAAAAAUUUAAAAUCUCUUUCCUCUUCAGACCUCCCUAAACGCUGCUGAUAAAUGUCCUCCGCAGUAGCACAAAUUUAAGGCUGCGUUGCAGGCUUCCUAACAAAACAGAGAAAAUUAGAAUGGCGUUCGAAGAAGGGACAAGGUUUUCCAAAAUGGAAACAGAUGAAGAUUCAGUCGGCUCUCAUUGCUCAAAUACUAGUCUUAGAAGAUGGAACUCAUCUCCAAUGAUUAAUAAUGUCAAAUCAGUUGACUAUAGCAUAGCAAUCGAGAAACCAAGGACAGGAAGGACCCGAACAUUCUCAGCUUCCAUGUACAAUCAAGCUACACUGGAUCGAUCCCCACACGUAAUUACCCCUAUUGGAUCACCUGCAUCAAGAAUAAGUCAGCUGAAGCAGGAAGAAAGUAUGGAUGAAAUGACACGAGAAGCUCUUAGUGAAAGAAACGUGACUUCAGAAAUUCAGCUAAGCCAAAGUUGGGGCGGAAUGAGUUUACUGACGGAAAAAUCGUUCAGUCUGACUGACGAAAAAAGAGACAACAACGAGGAAGCAAAGAGUGCUUUUUCUUCUCCUGUCGCUUCACCCUCACCCAAUCGGUUGCCAUGCGAACAAAGGCUUACACGUGCCCGAAGUUUGACACCUAGUCCGGGACCUCUUCCUAACAGUCCCAAAUGUCGGACAUUCAGGAGAAGUCUCAGCCCAAACGGUCUUAGGCAGAGCGCCUUCACUUCAAAGAGAAAAAUUGAUCCUGAUGACGACGACCAGCCAAUGAUGCCUCAAAAGAAAUUAUGUACACAAAUAUCUACAAGCAGCGCCUCCUCCUGCUCAUCACCCGACCUACACACAUUCGAUUCGCUACCGUUGUCAUUUGAUGAUGAUUCGGGCAGUGACACGUCAAACUCCAGCACAAUGACACCAACAACAAUCAGCCCUAUUAUUGUAAAUAGCACAGCAUCGCCAUUUUUUUACGAUAGCAAAAAUCAUCAAGGUUUCCCCUUUUUGAAACCAAGAUAUGUUGCUCCUCCGUCACCCCUUGCUGCAGGCAUGCAGAGCGCAGGUAUGAGUAACGAUGGCAAAAAGAACUCAUUUCAAAGCACAAGUUACACAUUUACGCCUGUCAAAGAUUAGUUUUGUUAUAUAUGUCUUCGUUGACUAGUGCAGAUUAAACAAAGAAUAAUGUUAUCAAGGUCACAGUUUUAAAUCUGUGAAUGAUUUUAUCGAUGUUGAAAAACUUAAUGAUACUUACGUAAACAAUACUAAUUUAAUGAUACUUUUAAAGAUAUCAACCAUCUAGAUUUAGGGUUGUGAGGCACAACGCGCAUUCCUUGCUCACUUGAUUCAGCUACAGUGAACUGUUUUUUUCAGCCAUCAUGUUUACACAAUAUAGACAUGAUACUCAACAGAACAAAAGCCUAUUUAUUUUAAGAUUCCUUAAAUAAUAUCAUAAAAUGACUUUUAGCUUGCCAGGUUCUCAAAUCAUGGCAUACUUUCUUAUCAAGGUUAUUAAAUUUUAUCAUUUUUGUUUACCCAACCUGAAUAAAUAUAGACGCCCAUUUUAAUCAUUUGAAGAAACGAAAAAAGCAGUUACUCAGUCAAGAUUACACAAAAAGGCUUCGCCAGCUUAAAACCAGACGCACUUUCUCCACCCGACAGGAACUGAUAGCCGAAUAUGUCAUAGCACAUCACAGUGUCGAGCUCUGUCGUCGAAGGCGUUUUCUUUUAUUUGUUUGAAAAUCAGAUUCCGUAGUCAAAGCGAUCUAUUUCCAACUUUUUUCAUGAACUGGAAAAACCUUCUGUUACAGUUUUCAACAGUAUUAGGUUUUCAGCACCUACUUAUUCCUCUCUCUCUAAACACUCUGAAAAACCAGAUUCUUACCAGGUAGGCAAGUUCUACAGUUCAGACGGGGUGGCCACACCAUCUAGAAAAUAAUUUGCUUUAACAAUUCAUUGGAUUAUCAGAGACAAUAAUAUGGAGCUGAUGAUCAGCCUUUUCAUUGACAAGGGAAAGAGCUUUUAAUUUAGCAGGAUAUCUGAAAAGCCUUGCUAUAAAGCGCUAUAGUGGUCUCCUAUUAAAACAAAUGCCACAACAAUCUUUUGAGCAAAUUUUAUAUUAUGAUAAGGUUUAACCAUUGAAGUUAGAGUUCACAUUACUUUAGACAAAAGUAUUUAAAAAGGUGAACGAAUUUUCGGCAUAGUUGUAUUACCAUAAGGUAUUUUAUGUAAAAACGGUUGUUAGAUUUCUGUCCUUAAUUUUUUAUCGCUUUACAAUGUUGUUAAGUAUAGAAUUAUAUUGUGCUCUUGUUGUGAAAUACUAUAGUUGAGUUAAUAUUACAACCAUAUUUAUCAUUCACCACUUUUGUUUCAUACGAAAUUUCACAUCCAAUAGGACAGAUUUUCUGGUCCCUGCCUUCUUCUUUUUCUCAAAAUCAAUUUUCCACCAUAAUCAAGCCAUUCAGCGACAAUACGUUAACUUUUGAAAAAAUUUUGAAAAGGGCAUUAAAACAGGGCUGUCUUCAAAGAGUUUUCCAAUCAUGCUUCAUCUAUUAGUUUCAUAAAUCAAUUUAUCAAUCAAGUUCAUUUCAUUAAGGCUGAAAAAUCGCCCGUCAGAAAAUUGCAAUUUUUUGUAAAGCCUAGGCCCUAGGGCCUUACUUUUCUGCCAAAAUUUAAAGCUGCCUAAAAAUGGUCCAAAGUCAUUUUAAAAUGAUAAUUAUUGAAUAACACCAGCAAAUCCCUGUAUUUUCAUUCAUUUUAUGGCGUUUUUGAUCAGUUUUCGUUUGAAAAAUCCACCAUCAACAAUUGCAAAUUUUGUCAAGCCUAUAGCCUUACUUUUCUACUAAAAUUCGAAUCUGCGUUUAAGUGCUCCAUAUGCAUCUUAGAGUGAAAAUAAUUAAAUAAAACAAGUAAAUUCCUUUUUUUACUUUCAUUCUAAUGCGUUUUUGACCUACUUUAGCCUGAAAAAUCUAUAGCCUUCCUUUUCUACUAAAAUAUGAAGCUCCUUUAGAGUAAUCCACAGUCAUCCCUAAAUGGCGAUUAUAAAAUAAAUCCAGUAAAUUACUGUGUUCUCAUUCAUUUUAGGACUGAAAAAUUUCCCUUAAAAUAUUGCGAUUUUUCUAAAGCCUAUAACCUCUUUUUCCAUCAAAAAUUAAAGCUGCGUAAAAGUGGUCCAAAUGCAACUUAAAGUGAUUAUUAUCAAUUAUCAUCAGUAAAUUCCAGUCUUUUCCUUCAUUUCAUUGCGUUUUUAUCCGUUUUAGUCCUAAAAUCUCCCAUGAAAUAUUGCAAAUUUUGUGAAGCCUAUAGCCUUACUUUUAUGGUAAAAUUUGAAGCUUCGUUAAAGUGGUCCAAAGUCAUCUUAAAGUGGUAUUUACAAAAUAAGACCAGUAAAUUCCAAUCUUUGCACUUACUUAAUGGUAAUUUUGAUCCAUUUUAGGCUGAAAAAUAAUCCAUCAAAAAUUGCAAAUUUUGUCAAGCCUAUAGCCUUACUUUUUUGGUGAAAUUUGAAGCUUAAGUGGUCCAAAGUCAUCUUAAAGUGGUAUUUACAAAAUAAAACCAGUAAAUUCCAAUCUUUGCACUCAUUUAAUGGUAAUUUUGAUCCAUUUUAGGCUGAAAAAUAUUCCAUCAAAAAUUGCAAAUUUUGUCAAGCCUAUAGCCUUAUUUUUUUGGUAAAAUUUGAAACUUCGUUAAAGUGGUCCAAAGUCAUCAUAAAGUGGUAUUUACAAAAUAGAACCAGUAAAUUCCAAUCUUUGCACUUAUUUAAUGGUAAUUUUGAUCCAUUUUAGGCUGAAAAAUAAUCCAUCAAAAAUUGCAAAUUUGUCAAGCCUAUAGCCUUACUUUUUUGGUAAAAUUUGAAGCUUCGUUAAAGUGGUCCAAAGUCAUCUUAAAGUUGUAAUUACAAAAUAAAACCAGCAAAUUCCAAUCUUUUCACUUAUUUAAUGGUAAUUUUGAUCCAUUUUAGGCUGAAAAAUAAUUCAUCAAAAAUUGUUAAUUUUGUCAAGCCUAUAGCCUUACUUUUUUGGUAAAAUUUGAACCUCCGUUAAAGUGGUCGAAAGUCAUCUUAAAGUUGUAAUUACAAAAUAAAACCAGUAAAUUCCAAUCUUUGCACUUAUUUAAUGGUAAUUUUGAUCCAUUUUAGGCUGAAAAAUAAUCCAUCAAAAAUUGCAAAUUUGUCAAGCCUAUAGCCUUACUUUUUUGGUAAAAUUUGAAGCUUCGUUAAAGUGGUCCAAAGUCAUCUUAAAGUUGUAAUUACAAAAUAAAACCAGCAAAUUCCAAUCUUUUCACUUAUUUAAUGGUAAUUUUGAUCCAUUUUAGGCUGAAAAAUAAUUCAUCAAAAAUUGUUAAUUUUGUCAAGCCUAUAGCCUUACUUUUUUGGUAAAAUUUGAACCUCCGUUAAAGUGGUCGAAAGUCAUCUUAAAGUUGUAAUUACAAAAUAAAACCAGUAAAUUCCAAUCUUUGCACUUAUUUAAUGGUAAUUUUGAUCCAUUUUAGGCUGAAAAAUAAUCCAUCAAAAAUUGCAAAUUUGUCAAGCCUAUAGCCUUACUUUUUUGGUAAAAUUUGAAGCUCCAUUAAAGUGGUCCAAAGUCAUCUUAAAGUUGUAAUUGCAAAUUAAAACCAGCAAAUUCCAAUCUUUUCACUUAUUUAAUGGUAAUGUUGAUCCAUUUUAGGCUGAAAAAUAAUUCAUCAAAAAUUGCAAAUUUUGUCAAGCCUAUAGCCUUACUUUUUUGGCAAAAUUUGAAGCUUCGUUAAAGUGGUCCAAAGUCAUCUUAAAGUUGUAAUUACAAAAUAAAACCAGUAAAUUCCAAUCUUUGCACUUACUUAAUGGUAAUUUUGAUCCAUUUUAGGCUGAAAAAUAAUCCAUCAAAAAUUGCAAAUUUUGUCAAGCCUAUAGCCUUACUUUUUUGGUGAAAUUUGAAGCUUAAGUGGUCCAAAGUCAUCUUAAAGUGGUAUUUACAAAAUAAAACCAGUAAAUUCCAAUCUUUGCACUUAUUUAAUGGUAAUUUUGAUCCAUUUUAGGCUGAAAAAUAUUCCAUCAAAAAUUGCAAAUUUUGUCAAGCCUAUAGCCUUAUUUUUUUGGUAAAAUUUGAAACUUCGUUAAAGUGGUCCAAAGUCAUCAUAAAGUGGUAUUUACAAAAUAGAAGCAGUAAAUUCCAAUCUUUGCACUUAUUUAAUGGUAAUUUUGAUCCAUUUUAGGCUGAAAAAUAAUCCAUCAAAAAUUGCAAAUUUGUCAAGCCUAUAGCCUCACUUUUUUGGUAAAAUUUGAAGCUUCGUUAAAGUGGUCCAAAGUCAUCUUAAAGUUGUAAUUACAAAUUAAAACCAGCAAAUUCCAAUCUUUUCACUUAUUUAAUGGUAAUGUUGAUCCAUUUUAGGCUGAAAAAUAAUUCAUCAAAAAUUGCAAAUUUUGUCAAGCCUAUAGCCUUACUUUUUUGGCAAAAUUUGAAGCUCCGUUAAAGUGGUCCAAAGUCAUCUUAAAGUUGUAAUUACAGAAUAAAACCAGAAAAUUCCAAUCUUUGCACUUACUUAAUGGUAAUUUUGAUCCAUUUUAGGCUGAAAAAUAAUCCAUCAAAAAUUGCAAAUUUUGUCAAGCCUAUAGCCUUACUUUUUUGGUAAAAUUUGAAGCUUCGUUAAAGUGGUCCAAAGUCAUCUUAAAGUGGUAUUUACAAAAUAAAACCAGUAAAUUCCAAUCUUUGCACUUAUUUAAUGGUAAUUUUGAUCCAUUUUAGGCUGAAAAAUAUUCCAUCAAAAAUUGCAAAUUUUGUCAAGCCUA